AUGCCGAUCUCCUUUCAAUAUCACUACUACUAUUACAUUAUUGUUCUCCUCGCCAUCUCCCUCAGAGCAGAUGGGACACAAUUGAUACUGGUAAACAACUGCAAAGAAAAUGUAUGGCCGGGUAUUCUUGGCAAUGCAGGUCAGGAUUCUCCUAAGGAGGGAGGCUUUCUCCUUCCAAGCGGAGAAGAGGCGGAGAUCCAAGUCCCAAGUGGUUGGUCAGGGAGGAUCUGGGGAAGACAAGGGUGCAUAUUCGAUGACAAAACAGGCAGAGGAACUUGCGAAACCGGCGACUGCGCAGGCCUUUUACAAUGCAAAGGUAUAGGAGGAGCCCUUCCUGCAACGCUAGUGGAAAUGACGCUUGGAACCUCACAGAAUCCGCUGCAUUUCUAUGAUGUGAGUUUGGUUGACGGAUUUAACCUGCCGGUGUCAAUGAGGGCGGUGGGGGGAAGCGGAGAGUGUGGUGUUGCGGCGUGUGAGGCAGAUUUGAAUGGUGUGUGCCCUGUAGCGCUUGUUUUGGAGAGGAAUGGGAAGGUUGUGGGGUGCAAAAGUGCGUGUUUGGGUGCAAGAACACACCGGUAUUGCUGCAGUGGGGAAUAUGCUAACCCGGAGAAGUGCAAGCCCACACUCUUUGCUCGAAUCUUCAAGGCUGCUUGUCCACAGGCUUAUAGCUAUGCUUAUGAUCACUCUUCAGCCCUCAAGACUUGUAAGGCACCUCGCUAUUCCAUUACAUUUUGCCCUCCCAAACCGUAG